CGCCUCUUUAUCGAAACCCUUUAGGUUUUUGCUGCGCAGCUCUAUUCUUUGACAUCCAAGACUUCUUGAUUCACAUACAUCUCGAAAGAAGAUGGUUUUGCCAAACGAUGUUGAUCUCCUUAAUCCCCCAGCUGAGUUGGAGAAGAGGAAGCAUAAGCUCAAACGACUUGUUCAAUCUCCAAACUCUUUCUUCAUGGAUGUCAAGUGCCAGGGUUGUUUCAACAUAACAACCGUAUUCAGCCACUCUCAAACGGUGGUGGUGUGCGGAAACUGUCAGACGGUGUUGUGCCAGCCGACUGGUGGUCGUGCAAGACUCACUGAAGGAUGCUCUUUUAGAAAAAAGGGAGACUGAUCCAAUUGCUUGCUUUUAUGGCUGGUUAAUCAGAAGCUGCUUCGGUGCUAUUACUUAAAAAGUUACAAGUUGAGUCUUUUAUUCUAGUUUUUCUUGUUGGACCCCAAACAUGUUAGUUUGUUAACAUUAUUUUCGUAAUGGUUUUGGAUUAUUGGAUUUUGGAUACACUACCCUAUCUAUGAAUGCAUGAUUUGUUCCUAUAGUGUCUGUCUG